AGCACGCAGGCGGCAAUCAAGUGACCCCGAGGCCGGGCAGGCGCUCUCAUUUGUCUCUACUGACGGAGCGUACGGCCAAAUUUAAAACGGAGUGGGUGAGAUUUAAAUGCCGGUCGUGAGCUCGAUGCUGGUUUUAUAAUGAAAGUUAAAAUUCUGUGUCGCAAUCCGGACGAUUACGUUAGAGAAACGAAAAACGACAUCCAGAGAGUUCCAAGGAAUUAUGAUCCUGCACUGCAUCCAUUUGAGGUACCUCGGGAAUACACUAGAGCACUGAAUGCAACCAAGCUAGAACGGGUUUUUGCUAAACCAUUUGUAGCAUCGCUCGAUGGCCACAGGGAUGGUGUGCACUGUAUGGCCAAACAUUUUAAGAGUUUAUCCACAAUAAUCUCUGGGGCUUGCAAUGGUGAGGUAAAAAUUUGGAACUUGAUGAACCGGCAGUGCAUCCGCACUUUACAAGCACAUACUGGUUUUGUCAGAGGGCUCUGUUCCAGAUUCUGUGGCACGUCGUUCUUCUCAGUUGGUGAUGAUAAGACCAUCAAACAGUGGAAAAUGGAAGGUCCUUCAUUUGAAGAGCAAGAAGAACCAGUACACACAAUACUAGGCAAGACUGUUUACACAGGAAUUGAUCAUCAUUGGAGGGAUGGUGUGUUUGCAACAUGUGGACAGCAGGUGGACAUCUGGGAUGAGCAGAGGAGCAGCCCAAUCCGCUCAUUUACUUGGGGCGUGGACAGUAUCAGCAGUGUGAAAUUCAACCCGAUAGAGACUUAUCUUCUUGCAAGCUGUGCUUCAGACAGAAAUAUUGUUCUGUAUGAUAUAAGGCAGGCAACCCCCUUGAAAAAGGUUAUCAUGGACCUGCGGACCAACGCUGUGUGUUGGAACCCAUUGGAAGCCUUUAUUUUCACUGGAGCAAAUGAGGAUUACAACUUAUAUACCUUUGACAUGCGCUACCUUGAUAGUCCCCUAACUGUGCACAUGGAUCACAUAUCAGCAGUACUUGAUGUUGAUUACUCUCCAACAGGAAAAGAGUUUGUCUCGGCCAGCUUUGAUAAAUCUAUACGCAUUUUCCCUACAGAGAAGGGACAUAGCAGGGAGGUGUACCAUACAAAACGUAUGCAGCACGUUAUGUGUGUAAAGUGGUCUGCUGACAACAAGUACAUACUAUGUGGCUCAGAUGAAAUGAAUAUCCGUCUGUGGAAGGCUAAUGCUUCUGAAAAGCUUGGUGUGCUUGCACCAAGAGAAAAGGCUAGUUUGAACUACAAUCAAAAAUUGAAAGAAAAAUUCCAGCACCAUCCUCACAUCAAACGUAUAGCCCGUCACCGCCACUUGCCUAGAAUGAUUUACAGCCAGUCGAAGGAACUCCGCAUCAUGAGGGAAGCACGACGCAGAAAGGAACUAAAUCGCCGCAAGCACAGCAAACCAGGCUCUGUACCAUUUGUUUCCGAGAAAAAGAAGCAUAUUGUGGCUGUGGUAAAAUAAUUAUUCUGUCUGUGUGAAAGCAGAUUAUCUUAAUUAUUGGACAAUAUUUCAGAACUGAAUUUUGUCAAAAUUAAAUCAGAGUUAUAAAAUUCCUUGGGUCUAAGAUACUUUUUUCAGAAGUUGAUUGAAAUAUACCUUCAUUAAGAAUUUCAUGUAUAAGCUGCUUCAUUGGACGUAUUUGUUUUCUGGAAAUAUCUGCCAACUGUCUAGCAACUGAGAUACACUUUAUAUUAUUAAAACCUCUGUUCAAUAAACUCAAUGCUAUUUGUACCUAUUAAUAGUAAAAAUAUGAACAUAGAGUCAAAAUAAUUUGAAGUUUGUUUGCAUUCUAAAAAUGACAUGUUUGUUAAAAAAAAAUAUAUCUAUAACCUGGAUUUUUUUUUUCUGAAUACUUUACAUAUUAGGCAAAUAAACUUGGAAAACCUAA